CGCAUGCGCAAUGCGCAUGUCGUAUUCGGUCGUUCCUCGUUCAAUGUGGCCGACAACGCAGAAUUAAGAUUUUCUUGUUCGUCUAAUUUUUACCAGUAACAACGUAAUAUAAUAAAAAAAAAAUGCCGAACCAAGUUUUGACUAUAGAACCACAAAAUGAGCUGAAGUUUAGAGUUGAUUUUUCAGGGCUAUUUGAACAGGGGUACACUACUUAUAUGAAGCUGACAAACCCCACCAAUGAUACGGUACUGUUUAAGAUCAAAACAACAGCACCCAAAAAGUAUUAUGUGCGCCCCAACUCGGGUUUACUUGAGCCCAAUGACACAGUUGAUAUUGCAAUUACCCCUCAGCCCGUUUACGUUGAUUCGAACGAGAAACAUAAGCAUAAGUUUAUGGUCCAGAGCGUUAUUGCCCCAGAAGGCAAGACCAACAUUGAACAAGUGUGGAAGGAGAUAAGUCCCGAUCAGCUCAUGGAUUACAAAUUACGCUGCGUAUUCGAAACUCCCCGAGGAACUAAUCUCAAUGACGCGGGCGACAAUGCCGCCCAAAACGAAGUCACUAAAAAACGCGUAGCUGUCGCCGAAGAAGCGAAGCCGUCCAACGCGUCGCAUUCCUCCUCCAAGGAGGCUGUAGAAGGUUUCAUCCAGAACGAAGCAAAGCGGAGGGAUGAGGGCCCCGCCGAUUCUAGUAGCGGCAAAACGGCUUUCUCUAAGUCUGAAAACGUCGAGAGCGAUUUGCAAAAAGCAACAAAUGAAGUAAUUCAUUUGAGGGAGGAAGAAAGUAAAUUAAGACAUGAAAAUCUGCGACUAAAGGAGGAAUUGCUGCGCCUGCACCAGCAGGUGGGCGGCGAGCAGCUGCAGCGCGGGCACUCGUACGGGCCCGAGAAGAAGGAGCAGGUGGCGCUGAUGCCGUGGCUCGCCAUCGCCAUCGGCAUGGCGCUGCUCGGCAUCAUCAUCGGCAAAUUCUUCAUGUGAAUAAACGCCCCGCCCUCCCCCCGCGGCCUUCUCACGCCUCUCACCCCCCCUCCCCCCCAGGGCAGCUUCGACCCGGCCGAUCUCAGCUUCAGUGCCGCCUUCCUCGAACUGAUAGAACGUUACUCGCACUCGAUGUUGUUUUUCUACUUAACCGUCAUUCUAAUCAUCAUGGUCGCUUAGUGUUGAACGACGGCCGGCCUAUCGCGAUCGCGUCUCGAUAGAUGAUGCGCGCGGGUUUGCGGCGCCCGGCCCGCUCGGCUCGGGUGCGGCGAACCCGCCCGCUUCGAUAUCACGUUCUAUUGUUCAAUAAUUAUUGUCGCUGUCGUUUGAACCUCCGAUCGAUCGACGAUCGCCCGAUUCCGAUUCGCAUAGACGUUAUAGAUUCCGUGCUUGAGUAUUGCGUGUUGCUCGAGAUAUGUGCCUUGAAAAUAGCUACAUUCCUUUUAUUAUUGUUUCUAUAGUAUACGCCCGGAUAAAGAACGCUGCUGCGAUGCGACGAUAAAUAGAAAUAGUGUAUUCGUUUGCUCUUGUAAAUUGUGAUAUUCGACGGAACAUUAGAUUGGCGAUCGGACGCCCUCCGCCUGGAUAUUAUAUUGUGAAACGUACAUGGAAAUAAUAAUAAUAGAAAGCUUAACAAAUGUCUAAAAAGAGUACAGAGUAUUUACAUAUGUUUAAUAAUCGGUGAUGCACAUCGUAAUCAAACGAAUGCGACAAUAAGUAAUAAUAUUUGUUGAUCGUCUAAUUUAGUUGUGAUUCUAGUAGAAUAGUCUGUGCGUUGAGUUCGGUAACGCAAGCAGCCGAUAGCUCCACAACGAAUACGAGGUUUGGUUUGCGUGCGCACGUAGAGGGCUCUCAUACGAACGUGGUUUCACCCGGUUUGCACCUGUAUAUAACAAUAGGGGAGUGUUACGAGCCGAGAGGCGGAUUCGACGCGGUUCUGUGCUUCGAACCAAGAUGCAAUGUAUAUUCUAAAGACACGCGACCAGUGAAAAUUUUAUUUUAAAUUGCGCCAUGUUCAUUAUUAGGUGGUGGAAGAGGUUCGAGUAAAGUAUUUUGUAAUUAAUGUCAUAGCGCUGAAAUCAGUUUGGGUAACUUUGAGCGAAUGGUACUGGCCAUUUGUGCAUACGCUAAAACGAUAAAUCCAUAUAGUGUAUCAAUAGAGUAAUUAAAUGAUAGUUGCACAGAGCACUAAACCAAUAGAGGCGGAAUGGAAGGCAAAUUUAAUGUUAUAGAGCGUCGCUAUUCGUUGGUUACAGUUACGUUACUUGAACCGCUCUAUGUAUUUCUAGAAGUCUUCAUCAUUAGCGUUUAAUUGUAUCUUGACUUUUCUGAUCGAUGUGAACGGUGGGGGAGUUACAUUUCUUCUCUACAAAUUGGAUAAUGCUCCGUGUAUUAUUGUGGCGGUUUAUUUGACUAAGCGGUGUCGUCGAAGCUGUCUUGUAAUAUAUAGAGCAGACUGUGGUACAUCAAACGAUUGAAUCGAAUCUGAAAUCGAUGCGCGACAUUUUAUUUGAUAAUAUAAUAAGUGACAAUUAAAUUUUAAUCUUUAUUUAACAGAGGUAAAAACUCGCGUUCCGGAUACUCGGGGGAGAAAAUUUCACUGUAGUGUUCGAAACGUUGGCCAAAAAACUAAUAAAUGUGUUUUAAUGUACCUAUUAUGCCCGAUUUCACCAAUAACCCCUAAACUGUCUCCUAACUUCCUAAGUAAGGGUUCCUUAGUUUAAGGAACCCCCUUCCUUCCUUCCUUCAAAUCACUACCGAACCUAACGACACUUAUCUCAAAUUUUACGUUAGGUAUCCCCUAAAUUGACUUAAGUGACACUUAAAUUUUACGGGUUGUUGGUGAAAACGGGCAUUAGAAAUUUAUUUUGUUAGAAAUAUUAUUUGUAAUACUCACGACAAAAUAUAAUUACAAGACAAUUCCUGCACGAAGCUUUAUCGUGUCGACGACAAAAGUAAAUAAGUAACUUAGCAUAGUGAUCCCCAAAAAUGCAAAUUAUUAAUAAGGCGUUACAUAUUAUAUCAAAUAAUAUAUUUUAAAACUUUCGUACGUUUUAAAUGUUUCUGCUGACUUCGAAAUACGGCGCACUUGUGCCGUGAUAAAAUGACGAAUGUUUUAUGUAUUUCAAAGUUCCCCAAACUGUACUAAUCGUAGAUUUGUGUCAGUAUAUCUAGAAUUAAUAUUUUAUCUCGCAUUUUAUAUUUUUUUUUGUAAUUUUAAAUGUGGUGUAUUGGUUAUUGUCGUUGCGCUAUACAUACGGACAUUUACAAUAGUUUUGUAAUACCACUGCCUGUACAAACGGUUCCAUUACAGCUCAUUCGGAUAUAUACGGCUAAUGAAUUUAGAAUGUUAGUAAGCACUUAGAUUAAUCUUAAUGCUGUAUAAAACACACGACAAUUAUUGCAUUAUUAAUAACUAAUGUUUUGACAUUUGAUGUAAAAAAAAUUAAUUUGUAUUUAUUCGCAUCAUAGUAAAGUAUUGUUUAUUAUAUUGACAUUUUCUUUAAUUAAAUUUUUAAACCAAAUUUUAAUUGACAUUUUGACGAUUUAUUAAGUAUUGUUAAUUGUAAUUUUUUGUUUAUUCUCAUUAUGAAUGUAUUGUAAGAAAAUGGUAAUACAUGAAGACACGAAAGUCCUCGAAACGGCAGUUUUCAAUCAAACUUUACGGCUUCCGUCUUGUAGCAUGUAGCGAGUAUAUCCUCUGAACGUUCUAGUAGUUCAAGUUAGCUUUGAAUGUAACUAAUUUAAUCUUGUUUUCUUAUAGCUAAUCUCGUAAUGUAAAGCACAAACAUGUAUUGUUAUGUAUAUUUAUUGUUUGAUGAUUUACCUUGUUUGUUUCGUGCCUUCAUGCAAUACACGAGCUUGACUUGCGCCUCCACGGAGACGGUAUUUACAGAAUAUAAGAAUCACAUACAUCAAUAUGAAUUAUGUCGUUUUAAGCCAUUGACAAUGUUUACCACGCUGCUUGUGAAUAUGUCGUGGAUUUUAUUUUGGAGUAAGGUUAUUAUCAGAAUGAUUCAAUUAUCCUCUUAGUUUUUUUAAUCAAUAGAAUAAUUAAAUUAUAAAUUUCCGUGUGGUAUUGUUGUUAUAUUAAACUAUUAUGCUAUAUUGUAUCGUUUUCUGAAAUAAAAGACUUAAUUUAUGAUUAUUUUA